AUGACGACCAGUGGAAACAUUCCUCCUCUCCAGAAGGGCCCUGACAUCCUUCCUCCUGGCCCAUGGGUUGAACGGGUUGCCACCCAUAUGCGCAAUCGCCUCGGACGUAUCCGACCAACAGGCGCUAUCACCGCAUUAAACGGCCUUCCUGCUCUACGCGAACUAUCAUGGCGCACCAAAAGGUGUUACUCAAACGAAAGAGAAGAUUCAUUCAUAUCAGAGCGGACUUCCAACCUUGAAGCCGCCUGGGGCCAGAUUGUGGGAGUUGUCAACGUGAUUGAAUGCACAGCAUGCGAGGCCGGAAAAGGGCCCUUUGCACGCUGCGUAUCGGUUCCAGGAGUACCUAGCUUCCCGGUCUGUGCAAAUUGUCACUACCGCGGACUCCGUGGUGACCCCAGAUACAGAGGUGGUCCCUGUGCAGGUGCAGUGGCCCCACCUAUUCCGCAGCAGGCAUCACCACCUGCCCCUGGCCCAUCUUCAUUGCAGCCCAAUGACGCCUCUUCUGUGCCUUCAGCGGAUAAUGUUGCGGGUCUACCUAUUGAUCCAGCCCUUACUACCUCCUCUGGCCAUCUUACUGAGCCGCCCAGUGGUUCUCUCGAUGAGAAGCCUUUGGUACUCCCCCCAGGGCGGUUUGUUCCUUUAUCUACUCAACCCUCGCCUCAAACCUCAACUGGGUCAAUUUUUGGGCCCCUUGGCAACCUAUUCGUUGCCCCCUCCAAUGAACCAUCUGCUGGUCCUCGCAGGCUGAUGGACAUCCCAUUGAGCCAGCUGUUGGGGUCCUCAUUGGGUCAGCUGUUAGACGUCCCCGCGAGUGCUCUGCUCGAUAUCCCACUGGGGCGGCUGAUGACACAACAAGUGAGCGCCCCUUCCAAUGACCGGCCUGCUGCUCCUGUCACCGAGGCGCCUCUCAGAGCAAUCCUCACGCCUUCCCGGGAGGAAGAUACCCACCACCGGACUGAGAAUUCCUCCUCGUCCGGCCUGGCCGCCCGCGGCACCCCGAAUGACCAGGGUAUCUUUCGUGUCUCCCUAGACCGUGCAGCACUGAAUGCGGCAAGGGAGAUGGUGAGCAUUGCCGCCGCUCAGAUCGUUGGGGGGAACAUGGCCGCCCACUUCAUGAACAUCAGCCUGGCGGCUGCCAUCACCAGCCUGUCAGUUCUUGAUGACUUGGUGAAUGUAUUUGUCACGGACGACGUCACUCACUCCUCUGACGUCUUCAUCCUGUCCGUGGACAAUCACCUCCAGCAGAUCAAGUAUGACCUGGAGGCCGCCCUCGUUUACCAGGGCACUCUCUCUGAGGUGAGCGGGUCAAUGGGCGGGGGCCCUCGUAUCCUGGGGUGGGCACACCAAGAUGCCGUGGAUGCCGUGCUUGGUGUGUUGGACGAUGCCAUGUGGGAGGCUCGUCAGGAGGGAGACCCCCUCCUGGAAUAA